AAAACUCGAGAUGUUCCUUAGGAGAACUAUCAGUAGCCAACAUGAAUACCAAAAGUCAAGUCAUCAUUGGAGCAGUGCUCGUUGUCCUCCUGGCCGCCUCUGUGGAAUGUCAAUUGACAUUUUCACCCGACUGGGGUAAACGUUCGGUUGGUGGCUCCAAUUCCGGUGCUGGAGCCUUUUUUGAACCCUCUCAGGGCAAUUGCAAGACAUCAAAUGAAAUGCUUUUGGAAAUCUUUCGUUUUGUUCAAUCGCAGGCUCAACUUUUUCUCGAUUGCAAGCAUCGGGAAUAGAGAGGAUGGCAUUAAAUCGGGAUUAGACUGCUAAUACGCGCACACCAACCCAUAAUUUAUAAACUUUAUAUAUAAACAUUUAUAUAUCUCGCUCUAUAUA